AUCCCGAUAAGACAAGCAGGCCUCUCUUUAUGCAGCCACGAUUACAAUUGCUCCGGCACAUCGUCAAUCCAUUAAGAUUUGAUCCCAGAUGCAUCUCAUUAUCAUAUCAUAAUUUCCUGAUGUUGCGGUUGUGGUCUGCCUAAAAAGAGAAGACUUGGGUGCAUAAAAUUUAAUAUUCAUAUACCGGUGUGGAGCUUUAUCUGUUCUGCAUAAGGUUUAAUUAUAAGCUUGGCUUUGAUAUUACGGCACUGUGACAGCUGCGGUUCUUUUGCUCACUAGACAACGACAGUUUACCUGAGUGAGACCGGCUUAUGUACUCGACACCUGAGACACUCUAGCUGUGCUUGGUGUCAUAUAUACCUGGAAUAUUCCGCCAAGUUGAACGCUGUGGACAGGAUAUAUUGAUAUAAGGAACAUUUUCAUUAAGUGUGGAUGCUCUGAACACAGUUUCACAGAGUAAUGCGGCCUGAUCAAGAUAAUGAGAAAACACGUAGUCGGUUACGACAUUGGGGUCAACUUCAACAAAGAAGUAUAAAACAUGGACUGGAACACAGCCUCAAUAUACGGGUUGUUACAGUUGCAGGGACUGGGCAACCAGUUCUCUCAGCAACGCCGCCAGAGACGCCAGCAAGACGAGAAGGCACAGUGGGGCUGCACACAGUGUAUUCAAAACUCCACAAAUUGUAAUCCCAUGUGCAUGAUAGCGGUAGGAUUGUUCCACAUCCUCACUGGAGCCCUGAUAGUCGCGGUGCGGUUCUUGGUGCAGGAACUCCAGACUGUCACACCGUUGAGUGUAACGGUCUAUAUCCUGGGACUGAUUUGCUUAGGACUAGGUUUGAUUCUUUUCUUAGGGGGCGUGGGAAUGUCCAUCAAAACCCUCUGUAAACGUAUGCGAACCCGCAGGGCAAGCAGACAGCAGGUGGUUGAUCCCAACCAAUUCCAGCUUGCCAUACUGUCCGAUCUUACCACGGCACAUCUAACACAUUUGUGCAACAGUUCCUUGGCCGAAGCUAGUCAACUGCCCGCUGUGAUACAACACCACCAGAGCGUGGCUCCGGUUCUCACCAAUCCACCGUCCUACGAUGAAAUAACUCGUGAGAGACAAACGCCAAUGAGAGAUGCCUCAGAACAACGUGGAACAGACAGUAACAGUGUUGAAAACGAGCCCCCGCCACCCAGCUAUUUCCAAGCUGUUGAUCUUGAAGACGAGAGCGGCGAGACGCAGGUCCCUCAGCUGCCGCCGCCAUAUGAAGUUCUUGUCGUAGACGAGUGCCACUGUUGACACAUGCAUAUUAUGAUGUGCUUUGAGAUAUAUAUCAAACAAACGAUCUUCGCUUUUUAUGGCCAUGUUAAAAUCAAAAUGCUAUUGACAUUACUGGGCAUAUUGAGCCGGGAUGUGCAAAGAAUAAAUGAUAGUAUUUGAGUACGAUAUGAACCAAGGAAUAGUUCCUGUAUCAAAAACUGAUCUCCACAUAUGAUUCGAGAGGGGCCAUUUUUUGUUAUAAAUGAACAUAUAUUGAGUUUUAAUUUAUUAUUUAUUACUGAAUCGAUAAAAUACAGAUACAGAAAAGAUAUGAAUCAUUUUACUUCUUGCUUGAACAAUACAAAAUCAACACAAUGGCAUACAAUGCGGGUUAAACCUUUAUAUAUCAAAACAUCAACUUUCCUGGAAAUAGCAGCGAUUCAUCAAAAUUACUAUCUAUAAACUUUUUCGAGUUUUAAAUUCCAAAUUUUACUUAGCGUUAAGACCAGUCUCCAUUUCACAGUGACUAAAAAUUAGAAAUUUUAUUUCGCUGGGAUUCGGUUUUGUUCUUUUGUUAUCAAAUACUAAUC